UUUUUUUUUUUUUGUGAAUUAUCCUCUCAUAUUAUCUGCGUGUGCUGUACUACCAAUACCAUCACCAAAAAAAAAAUGGCUGAAAAUGAGCGGAAAUUGGAAGCUAACAAUGGCACUAGGUUGACGAUGGCGAACGAUAAUAGAGAUGAGCUGGCGCUGCUCACUGUUAAAGACGAGCCAUUCGUUGAUCUAUGUGAGGCCGACGACGGCCCCCGGGGUUGUUCCGGCGGUGGGGACGCGUGGCUGCCGGAGCCGAUUGAGGGGCUGAGGGAGAUCGGACCGCCGCCAUUUCUGAGGAAGACGUACGAGAUGGUGGAUGACCCGAGCACGGACUCGAUUAUAUCGUGGGGUCGUGCGAAAGCUAGCUUCGUUGUGUGGGACCCUCACAGAUUCUCCUCCGAGCUGCUCCCUAAGCACUUCAAGCACCGCAAUUUCUCCAGCUUUAUCCGGCAGCUCAACACCUAUAGGUUCAAGAAGAUUAAUUCGGACAUAUGGGAAUUCGCAAACGAAGGCUUUCAGCAUGGUAAGAAGCACAUGCUCAAGCACAUCACGAGGCGAACGCCAAAGCCCAACUCCCCAGCUACUCAACAAAUUGCAACAACCUUGGAAUCAAAGCCUGACCCCUUCCAUCAAAAAGUGCAGGCGGAGUUUGAGAAUCUGAAAGCCGAGCAGAACACAUUAAAAACCGAAGUCAUGAAGCUACGGCAGAAGCAGGAGAAUACCGAACAUUACUUGGCUGCCAUCAAAGAGCGUCUUCAUAUCAGUGAGAAAAAGCAAAAGAGCAUGGCUUUGUUCUUGAUGAAAUUCUUGAAGAGCCCCGUGUUUGUGCAGAAUUUGGCCAAGAGAAUCGAAAAAAUGGCGGCAAUUAGAGAUGACGGGAUUUCAAAGAAGAGAAGGUUAGUUUCUGGAGAUGAGAUUGCUAACUUGGGUUGUGAUUCGGAUGCUAAGGCAUUGUUUUGUUCUAAUGAGUCGAGUGGGGAUCAUGCGAAUGAUUUUGAUUGUUGCUCUGAGAAUUUUGUUAUGUGGGAGAAACUAAUGGAAGAUGAUAUGGUUUAUGAGGGGGAUGGAGUAGCAUUCGAGCAAAAAUCGGAUAUCAUGUUUGAAUUAGACGAAUUAAUAUCGUCAAAGAAUUUGGAGUGUGGCGGUGUUCAGAUGGGAGGUUUAGUGGAACUCGAUGGAUGUAUGGCAUCCAUGGCGUAGAUUCCUUAGAAUCGAGCAAAGCAAAUCAUGGAUUUCCUUUGAUGUUUUUAUUUUAACUUUUAUUUUGUUCUUGGAGAUGAAAAGUAGGGUUAAUGGAUAUAAUACAAUUGACUAAGCAAGGUGUUCCGCUGAUGUUCGUGUGUCUACAAAUGGGGUUAUUGCCUUCGCGUCUAUGGGGUCUUUUUAGAUUUGUUCGUAUCGAGUCUUGUUAUUUAGAUAGAAUUUCUGUAAGAAGUGCAGUGUUUCACGCGAAAUGCAUGAGUUUGCGUUGAGAAGAUGCAUAUAUUUUAGCUGUUUUUGGGAGGUUAUGUUUUGUUUCUAUAUAUUCCCUUCUCAUGUCUUCAAAACUAGGGAAUUUUAUUUUAUCUCAGCUCUGUAGAUGUGGGACUGUAUCUCACAGAAGGGGAUAAACAAAAUUCUGCACAUGAG